CGCGCGACGCCAAUAUUAUUCAUGGUAAUUAUUAGCAAUAAUUAAUCUGUAAUCAUAAUAGAUUAUAUCCGGGGCUUAUUAAUAAGCCGCUGACUCGGAAUUUAUAAUUGUCACCUUUUUCGGCAGCGCGCAUUCGCGUCACGCCUUUUUCGUCGGCGGCGCGAUCGAUCGAUUAAUUAAAAUCAGUGCGUCGACAUUGACGACAACAAUGCGACAAUGAUGGCAAGGGGGACAAAAGACGAUGAAUUCCGAGAUGUUCCAACGCGAAGAUUAGCGCCGCGUUUUAAAGAAGUAAUCUAUGGUUUACUGCACGCCCUCGUUGUUCGUAAUCCGGUGUUUUGUUCGGUCGGAGGGAAAGAGAGAUUCGCUUAAAUCCUGCUUAUACGUACCGCGGAGAUAGCUGCAGGGGUUGGUUCUCUAGCUCGUCUCUCGAAAAACGAGAGGCGCGAACGCCGAGAGGCAAAGCAACAAUUUACACGGAGGCGAAAUAAACAGGGAAUUGGUUAAAAACGUCCGAGUCCUUAUCGCUAAAUUGCACGAUAAUCGAUAAAGACUUCAUAAACGUUCAACAGUAAUGGAAAUCGGAAAAACAGGGGGACGGGUUUAAAUGUCGCAUUCACGUCACUGUCAUUGCCGUACGGAUGGUUCGUUGGAGGACCAGAGAGAAUGGUUCUUUUUUAACGCAAGAGAGAUUGAAACGCGCCGCGCUUUUACCUUUUUUUUUUUUACAGUGUCCUGUAUUACAGCCACUCGCACGCGCGUAUUGUUUCGUGAAACGCGUUCGUCGCGGCAAAGCAGUGACGUUUUAUCUCCCCCAAACAAUCACCGAGGGGGAGAUGAUCGAAAAAAUGUAUCACGCUAAAAAUCCCCGCGAAAGUCUCGCCCUCCGUGAGGUGACGGGCCGGAAAACGGAGAGCCUUCUGCCCUUCAUCUCGGUUGUCGGUCACGUAAUCUCGUCGUCUUCGUCGUGCAAAUCCCCGCGCCACGUCCGUCAAUGACCCUGGCCCGCAUCGUGUCGCGCGGUAUCGGAAAUUUGCAUUGGAAAAUAAAUCGCCCGCUCCCGCGAAGGUCGCCCGUUCCGGAAAAUCAGGUUUGCGCGAAGAGCGGCGGCGGCGUCACGCAUUAACGGACCCCGUGAAAGUGUCCGGGUUCGCUGAGGUUUGGAACCUGUCCGAGCGGGGAAAAUUACCUGCACGUAAUAGCAAGAGGGAAAACAGAAACGAAAGCAAACGUCGUCGAUCGCGACGGUGCGGCGCGGCGCCGGGAGAGCAAGCAAGUCUCUCGAGUGCCGCACGAGAACCUAACGACUCUCGAGAGUCGAGCCCGAGUCCCGCCCGAGUCACGAUUUUCAUGGAGUUGCUGCUGCUGCUGCUGCUGCUGCCGCGGCGGAAAGAGGCGAGCAUAACGCUCGCUCCUUCCCUCCUUCCCUUUUUUCUCCUAACUGUUGCAGCUUAGAUACCCGCGGAUAGGGCGCGGGCCGGGACAAACGCGCGCGCGCGCCACGGAUGAACGCACGCUUUAGCGUCGUAACGGGGCUCGCGAUCACGCGUUACACACGGUGAAAGGAAAAAUGCAUUAUUUCCCCUCCCACGCGGCGGCGGGCGGCAUAUUUUUCUGAUUGCAUCAAGAGGUUACGUGUAUUCACUCGCGUGCAUUGCGCCGCGCGGCGCAUGAUGCGUUUCAGCGGGACAAAAAAAAAAGGAAAGAAAAAAGUCAGGAAAAAGUAAGGAAAAAAAAAACAAAGAAACGCAAUUGAUGUUCAUUUUCACCAGUGUAGAUUAAUUGCGAUCUCGGUUUAAUUUCUUCUUUAUCUUUGUGUAUAAUCCUUAGAGGUGGAAAAAGAUAAAGUGCGAGUUAAAGGCGAGAUGAAAGACGUAAGAGCGAUCACGGCGAGUUUACGAGUCCACCGGGGAGCGAGGUCUAUCCCGACGACCGGUUUGCGUAGCUCGACCGUUUAACUGAUCGUUCAACCGAUCCCACAGCCGCUUUUAUUAAUCUGUCUAUCGCCCCGGAUUAAUUAGAGCGUUCGAGAAAUAACAACGGGCUGACGCAAUUAGAAAUUACAUGGUUUCGGAUAAGGAGGAUUUAUAGGCCAAUUUUCGCCUUUUUGGAUACUCUACCCGACAGAACUCCAUAACGGGAUACACGUGAACGUAUACACGAAGCGUUAUAUUGUGCCUCAGCCUAACCGACUCGCUCCCUCACUAGUCAUUGUUCAUUGUUUUACAACGUUAUUCGCCACACGAUCGCAUCUACGCAAUUUCCCUUUCAUCUCUCUCCCUUCCCUUCCCUCUUCUUCUCUCCAGCCGACUCUGCCGCUCUUUACUCGCUCAAGAGGGUCAAGUGAAAUAACGCUUUAAGUUAUUACAGAAAUAACGGCAGCGAGUUUAAUUAGCGAAGUGGCAUUAAUUAUCGAAAAUUAUAUUCGUCGAUGAAUACCGACAGUCGUUGUCACUCAACCGUCGCCCGUUCUCCUUCUUCGAGCUUCGCUAAUAGCGGAUGGCGAUUUUUACGAGCGUGGCGCCUUCAGUUCGUUGAUAAUUACCUUCUUCUUUCAGUAUCUCUUGUGACUCUUGGAUACGUUAAUGAAAAGGUGAUUAAAGGCUGAUUUUCCAGAGGGACAAAAAGACCGACAGAAUUAAUUCUGUCAGUCCGCGAAAGUUUGUCGCGUCGCACGAGAGCUCAUUUCCGACUCUCCCCUCGUUGUAUCAGACGUGCAUUACAAACCGCCCCUUUCGUGCCGGCGAUGCCUCGGAGGAAGUUUCACGAUUCUCGACUCGAUGAUUCGCUCGCAAGGAGACGCGAUCCUCAGAUCCUCGCGAGAGAAUUGGCAACGUACGACCAGGCGGCGCAUGAUUCUCGCGAGAUCGAUUUUCGCGUAGUACGGGGAUAUAAUUUCACGCUCGCGACCUAAACGUCGAUCCGGCUUUACAUGUCGUACUCGGAGAAGAGGUAGAGGAGAGAUUAACGCACGCACCCAGGAGUCAGCGCUUUAACUCACUUCCUAGCCCUGCGGGCUUUGCAGUCCCGUCAUCUCUUUUUUCCCUCUCCUUUCCAUUUCCUCGCGCCCAUCCGGGUUUUUCACGUCUCUCCUUCCUUUCAUUUUUCGCGGCUCUUCUCCGAGGCAUCUUCGCACCCCUGUCUCUCAUGCAUUUUCUUUCGCUUCCCUUCGCUCGCCCUCCCGUCCCUUUUUCUCGCCGUGCCGACGACGGCUCCGACAAAUUUCAUAAGAGCUGGUCUCCUGGCACGACAGCGCCAGGACUCGACGAGAUUAUCCACGCCGUCGUGCGCGAGUCAUCCACCGGAUUUUCGAUUUUCCUCGCUUCCGACUCGCGAAACUUUCUACGCCGCGAAAGAUAAUAAUUGCCCGACUGAUUGAGAGAAAACGGCAAUACGACACCAGAUAAAUCGCGGCGGCCGCGGGCACCCCGCUGGGUCCGUCUAAUUUUCCAACACGUCGAACUUUCAAACUCGCGACGCGAGUUACUCCUGGCAAGACCUGGUGUUUUCCGCGUCGAGCUACCCGAACUGCGAUGUUGCAGCUCUCGGAUUAUCAAGGCGACUGGGGGGGAAAGAGAGGGAGAGUGCAUUCUGUUCAUAAGUAAUCCGAUUAAGGCCGUACUCUCUCAGGUAGCCCACCGCCGCCGCCGCCUCCUCCUCCUCCUCCUCUUUCGCGAUGUUCUUAUUAAUCCUGUAAAACCGAAGUACGUGUAACGAGAGCGCAAACUCGGAGAAAUUAAUAUUACUGACGAGGGCGCGCGAUAAAUCAACUUUUACGACAGAACUCAAAUAAACGUCGGGGCGGAAACUUUAGAUUAAAACUUGCGUGGCAGUGAAUCGCCCUCUGGUUGUCUCUUAUUUUCCAUCUUCCUCUAUCGCCUUUCGCUCGCCCGCUUUCCGUUGCAACAUCCUUUAGGAAUAUUAAUCGAUUUUUUCAUCGACUUAUUAACUCGUACGUAGCCUCGGUAGAUUAUCUUGUCCUCGAGGGGCGAAUAAAAGGAAACGGCGACGGUACCGUCGCGAUAAUAAAUCGCGAUAAUAAAUCGCGGGCAUAAAGAGGAAUACUCUUCCUCCCGACGCGACGUUCCCAAAUGUAUUAAAUUAAAAAGUGGUUGGGUAUAACGAAGGUGUCGUCCUUGAUCGCGCGAUCUGCCCAUCCUCGGGCGCAUCUCGCGGCUAUUAUUAACCGCGUCGCAGCGUAUUGAAAACCUUGUCCUCACUUUAGCCCGCCGUAGAAAAUCGGCCGUUGACGAAACCUGGCGACGCGAUCGCCGGGUAAGGCCUUGAACCGGCACUCGCGCUGAUACCUGGCCGAGAAAGGAGCCCGACGAUUACGAUCGAGCGAUCGGCCCCGCGCUUAUUGUCGAGAAUAUUCUCGUCGGCCCGUUCCGGCAAUAUCGCGCGCAGAUAUCGCCGUCAUAAAGAAUUAUAAACACCCGAACCGGGUCAGAUUAUUACUAAAUGGAGCGUGCAAAUCGCAGCAUGCAAACUGGCCACGAAGCUGCGUAGAAAACCGCGUUGUCAGCCAACAACUUAUCCUGGCGAAAAGUCGCCGAUUCUUUUUGGCGAUUUGCAACGCGAUGGAAAAGCCCCUGUACUCGGAGCAGUAUGAUACGGAGACAAAUUCGUCACUUCGUGGCACGGCCAAUUUAAUUCGACCGUUUGAAUUAACCAUCGAUGAUUAUUCGCGCGUAUAUUCUUUCCUCAAAUUUUCAUGCAUUAUCGCGCGCGAAUCAUCAAUUAUUUAGCAUGCGGAGGGCUGGUGGCGCACGUCCGUUAUUAUUGACACGAACGUGCUUAAAACAGAGGGGGCCACCAGCCGAAUGUUGUGUCGUUAGCGACCAAUUACCAGAGUUCGAGUAUAUCGCUCGAUAAUAUCCUUCGCAACGGCGCGGCGGGCGUAAAGAGGGAGGGCGAGGACGGUAUUAUGCAGCCGCCAUACGGCCGGUAACUUGUAAGUAGUAACUGUCAAAGUUAUAACGCGAAAAUUACAAUCCCCGUGAUGUAUGAGGCCGUACAAUGCGGCGGCACGCAACGCGAGCGCGUAUUAAUUCGCAAGCGCGCCGCCCACGCGCGCGCUCGCGAUCUCCGCCGCGUAACGUUGCCCACGCAUUUUCAUUCGUAGUCACGUUUUCCGAGCUCCGCCGUUUCAGUCUUACGCCGAAAUUUAUAUCGCGCGCGUUUAACGGCUUAUUAUUUCAGCGCGAGCUGGACUCGCCGGAGUUCAAUUCCUACUCAAAUCUCUUUACUCAAUUCUUCCCUGAACUGCCCCGGAACCUUCGCAUCUGAUUUUCCUGAUAACGUUCCUCAUCGACAUCUAACUAAACAUCCUCGAUGGGGCGAAGACGUCAAUUCCUCUCGCGAUUUUUAACGUCGUUGUCUCGUUCCUCUCGUGAACGUCGACGUCGUUACGAAAUUGAUCGACCUUAUCCUAUACGUGUGCCAUGAAAGGAGUAUUGCGUUGAAAUCGAUCAGAAAUCGAGAGAUCGUGAGAUCGGGGCGUGCUGGUAUCCCCGGACUCACCUCGAUCCGAGGAGACAGGCUUUAAUGACUUCGAACGAUCGACAGAUCUCUCAGAACGAGAACAUUUCGCUAAUCCGGAUUGCGGCAUCCGGAUCGGUCAUUGACACGGAACGGUCUUUCGGUCCCCAUCUAAUUAAUAAAACUUUCUCCAAAGGCAAUAUCAACCCAAUUUACAUCUACAACUUUCGACAACAUCACCUACGUCUCGCUUGUUUUUACUCGCGACUGCGGAAUCGCUUUAACGGAGUGACGUACAGAUCAGCGGGCGCGUAUCGAAAGUCGAUAAACGAAUUUCUCGAGUACGACGAUCGAAAAUUCCAUGUUGGAACACAACGUUCGGCACACCCCACAAUCCGCGCAAUCUCCGAGUACUAGUUUUUCCGUACUUCUCUCGUGAUUCCGACGUGUGGAGCAACAUUCCCGAUAAAUAUAAAGCGCCGCGCGAUAAGCGCGACAGGCAGCCCGGAGAGGGAGGUAGAACCCUCGUGCGUUUGUCGAAAUAACGUUAAUUCCGGCAACCGACCGGCCAGGCACGUGCGACUUAGGCGAGACUGAGUUUCCGCGAGAAUCGGCGGAAACUUUCCGAGAAACACGAAAGGUGCAAACACACUUCUUUUCCGUCUCAAUUUUCCCUCCUUUCGAUCGCGAGCCACACUCCGCUCGGCUCUACGUACAUGGGCACUGGCUGCUCUCUCUUCCUCUCUCCUCCGCGAUUUCUUUUAUUAUCUCGUCGAAUUCGACGAGUGACGUAGAAGAGCGAGAUGGCAUUAGAGGAGAAUUCAAUCUCCCAGCAUCAAGAUUAUUUCUGCAGUCAGUUUAAAAGUCUUGUCCGAUUUUGCGCGAGGCCGAGAGUCUCGGUCUGGCUUGGAAUCAACUGGUGUGGGGGUGCAAUUAGGAUAAUCCACGGGAUAUUAAUUUUCUACGAAUCUCGCGGAGCCAACUCGAAAUUGAGAUUAGCAAUUUAAUAUCGCAACGUUUCCGAAUUUACGACAUUAAACGCGAGAAUCUUGGCCACGGCAAAUCAGCGACGCGUUUUGAAACGGCGCGGUUAGGGUAAUGACGAUUGUAACGACUUACGAAUUUCGAGUCGCCGAAUAUUGCGUAACACGCGCUACAUCCUGCUGCAUUAAAAUCUAUAAUUCCGCCGAAUUUAAUCUAUUAUUUCACGUAGCGAGAACAACGCGCGAGAACCGGUUUUAUUUCAGGUCACCUGCCUUUCCACGGACAAAAAUAAAACGCGUGGAGAAUGACGGAUGAUUAAAUGUGACUCAUUUUUACGUCUACGAAACAAGGAAAUACGCGCCACGGGCUUAGGAGCAAAACGGGUUAAUUGCGCAAGACCAAGUCACAAGGCUGCUUAUCGAAGAAUUCCAGAAGUCACGGCGCGCCUUUGUCUCCUACUGCGUUACAUUCGACGGAGCUCCAACAAUUCUUAAAGACAUCCGCUACGUCGGAAUAUAAAUAAACCCGGAUCUCAUAGAGAUCGAAAUUGAGAUUUUUGUAAUUUCUUCUUUUCACUUUACGAUGCAAUAUCCUUCCGUAUAUGUGGGAAGAACGAUUUUGCUCUAAAAAUUUAGCUGGAUAUGAAAGCAAUUUUAUUGGACCAUCAAAAUAAUUAGGGCAGAACAUUCGAACAAUGCGAUUAAAAGGUUUUGACGUUCCAGCAAUCAAUUUGCGUCCGUUAUUUUUAAACUUGUAUCUGACUGAAUUUUUAGAGCUUAAAUUUUUGCUCGAACCGAAAUCGACUUUUUCCGUGGAAUAUAACAGUACGACGCAAUGAAAUGAUUUUUUUUACACAUCGUUCAAACCAGUAUCCGCGUAACCGCAGCGCGUUGUAACGCGUCGAGAUUCUUUGUUACAUGAUUCCUAUUGAUUGAUGGUUGCAAGCGAGCGAGGAAAUAAAACAUCGGAAUGUUAAGAGAAGGCAAUUUAAAUCAGUCGGCGCAGCGAGAUACCGGCGGGCGCAGGGAGGGAAAAAGCUCGGGGAGGGACGGGGGGGAAUCUCAUUUCAAUGAAAACGUCCGUUGGCUUCAUACCGGCAAAUGCAAAACGUCGUCGAACAUAGUCAAUAUCGGCGCGCUCGCUGUACGCAUCUGCAUAGCCGGAAUAUUUCCCGCCAAUCGGUUUCUCAUUCAUCGCCUCGCCCGUCGUCGUGGAAAGUUGGCUUCGCGGUGCGUAAUGCAGUCGAUAAAUUUCUUGGCAAGUAUCCCUUCCCCCCUUUCCGCAUUUUAAUCGCCCGCCGGGCAUGUCGUUAAUCUUUCCUCGUGUUUAUCUGCAAAAGCAGUGUUGCGGAGAAUGAAUCGACAACAUGUCUUGCCUACAGCAUCCUUCUAACGUAUCUCGAAAAUAAGCUCUUAAAGAAAAAAAGUGGUUGUUACCGCUUCUCUAUUUUUGUAGAUUAAACGUGCGUCAUUUGAGACUGAUUCAAGUGUAUUACGGAUCGUUAUGCACUGCGGUGUUCUCUACAAUUUUGUGAAUUACGUGUAGUGAAAGAGGUGCACUUCUCGUCCGGGUGUGUGCAGUACUUUCGCGUCGGUAUAAACGAAAAGCCAUAAAGUGAAGCUUUCCAUCGACAACUUUGGACGAGACCAGAGGCAUUCUUCGUCUCUCUCUCUCUCUCUCUUCCUCCCCCUCACUCCCUUUUUCCUUCACUCUCGGCUCAGCUCGAGAAUACGUGUGUACGCCUCCUGGACGUACUUCCAUACUCCCCGAGACUGACGCAGGCGUGGUACGUGCACCGAAGGUUUUAUAGUAUUAACUGAAAUUGCAACAGUCCCCGUAAAGUAGGAGGCUUUAGUAGUAACCGGGUGUGUGUGCACGCGGAGAUAUACAGGGUGGCCGGAGAAUGAAGGCGCGCCUCGCCCGUGUUUCGAAACGAGAAAAUCGAUGACUUUCUCUUCGUCGCUCAGUCAUCGACUACCUGCGGGUUGUCGGUUGUCAUCGCGGUUGACAAUCAUGGUGAUCGUUAUGUCCACGAGAUUAGAGUCGCGAGUCCCCCACGCGAUUGGUUCUGCCAGUUAGCUGUCGUUAAUCCAAAUGUAAAUAACACUAAGCGUAAUUAAAUUGGCAACUUUGAGAGGAUCUGGAACCGCAGCGCUUGGGAAAGAAGCAAGCUCGAGGAAGCCUUUUUACGCAACUCCCAGUCUCUCUCUCUCUCUCUCUCUCUCUCUCCUUUUAGUAUCACGACCUUAAUAACGCGUUUCUAGUUAGUCCUUAAGUAGAAAAGCAAAAUUUAUCCGCAGUUUCUCGAAAGAAAAAGGUAAUUCUAGCGAGAAUUACGUAAACGCGUCGUCCGUCGAUGCUAAUAAUCGAAUGAAACGCCUUCGAUUCUUCGGCCACGGAUGCGGACGCUUAUCUGUUUACACGUAUUUUCACCCGACAAUCAUCGGCGGCGAUUGAAUUGCGAAUGGGCCACCCCGAACGCGGUCGGAGCAGCAAGGUAUCGAAGCGGGCGAAACCCCUCGAUCCCGAUGAAGACGACUAUUACUACGAUGAUCCCGUGGACGAGAGGAACAAUCCGACGAACGAGGCGCCGGCAGUGCCGCCCGGAUUCCUGAGCCCGUCCGUGCGAGAGUACCUCGAUCUCGGUAAAUCGAUACCCGGUCGACCGGGCACGGAUUAUCCAGUGCUGGGAAAGGUGCCUUACACGAAUUUCUACUGCGACGACCAGUCCUUCCCUGGCUUUUUCGCCGACGUGGAGACGAGAUGCCAGGCGUGGCAUUAUUGCGACAUAGACGGCAGGCAAGCAACGUUUCUCUGUCCGAACGGCACACAAUUCAGCCAGGCGGUCUUCGUCUGCGACUGGUGGUUCAACGUGAGGUGCGAGCUCAGCCCGAAGCUCUACGCUAUCAACAGUCGACUUUACGGUACGCCCACCGAGAGCCCGACCAGACCUCACCGACUGAUCACGAAGGAGCUCCUGGAGAAUAUCUUCGUGCGUAGGAAAUGAAGGGGACGGACGGAUGACACGCGAUACUGCGUCUCGAAACGAAAAGAGAGAGAUACAGAGAGGGGAGGUGGGAACGCGAUCAUCAUCGCCCUCGAAGAAAAAGUACUUUCCUCCGAAAUACAAAAAAAGCACGACGAGAUUACCGGACGCUUGAGAGAAAAAUAUCUCGCGAGAGUCUCCAGAAAAUUGUUUUCUCUCUUUCUCUCUCCCUCUCUCGCAUUAAUAAAUCCGUGAUCUCGGGAUCUUCGCAUCAUUCGCCGAACGCGGAAGCAAUCUCGCAGUCGCUCAACUAUUCCAUCACAUCGAUCGAGAGCGAAGCUGGCGUGGGAUUCUUCAUGCCCGGGCCCUAUCACGACUGCGGAAACUUUCAAAGGAAACGAGGAGACGUUCGAGAGAGCACAUCUGACGAUAGCCGAUCGCGGGGCGAACACGACGGCGCGAUUAUCCGUGACAAUCGUUGGAUCUUUCUGCGAAAGGUCGUCGCGAGAGCAGCAUUGUCGCGGGGGCUGCCGUUGUCGGUGAGAUGGCGCACUCGAGGCCGCUAAAUCGCGCGAUGAGCGUGAAUCUUCUGGGGAGAUUACCGGUGGAUAAAUCUUUGCCCAAUGAAUAUCGAAGCGAUUUUCGCCGAAGGCGAACAACGUUUCAUCUAAUCCAGAAUGCGAGGGAACGGAGGAGGACGAAGAAGAGAAUACGUUCGUCGUGAUGAGCAUAGCUGCGCCAAUAAAAGAAGAGCCGGAGGUGGAGAGCGCGACUUCCGUCUGCGAUCGGCCUUCCCUUCUAACGCAGGAAGAAAGAGCGUCCUGCACUCUCGAUGCGGUUCUUAAUCGUUGAUGAGAUCCCGCUGCAAGAGGGACGAAGCGCCGUUCCCUCGUCUCUUCUUUCGAUCGACGCUUCUUUACAGACGGCUCUCGUCGACGGACGGAUUUUUCUCUCUCUCUCUCUCUCUCUCUCUUUCUCUCUCUUCUCCCUUCUAUCGCGCGUCGAUCUCGUCGAUGGACAAGAUGCCUCGGAAGUUGAUCGUUACGGCGGAAGUACGAGAGCUACCGGCACACGGGCAAUACGUGCCACCGACACACCUGCGGAAAAAUCAACCGAGUGCUCCAUGAUCGACCAUCAAAGCCGAACAUGACUUCGCCGCUUCCCGACUGCGGACUGCUACAAUUUAUUUGGCGGACUAUUUCGCGACUUCCGUUACACUUUCGAACACGGCGCAAAAUCCUAUUUGUACUCUAUAAGCAGGAAUUAAUAUUGCGAGUGUUCCAGCGAACAGUUAGACUGCGCCCUGAUCGUUAUUAUGUAAUCGCGCUCUCCGUUGAGAAGCAAGUCUUUUAAGUAUUAAAACAUACACCUACGUAAAUAGUUCAGUAUCGCCAAAAUAUUGUUACUGCGUUGUUGUAAAAAUAAUAAAUCGACUGCAAACGCAUAUAUAAAAGGCUAGAGAAUAUCGUUAGCUUGUUAAUUACUGGAGUCGUUGAACGAAACAGUGACAUAAACUACGUGCGACCGUAGAAGAGAGAAAUUAUAUCUUUAUACAUAUUCCUGCGCUCUUCGAACACCAAUGUUAAUUAUAUCAACGUGACAUUGUGACAUAAAAAAGAUGCGAAAUCUUAUCUUUUUACAAAUUGAAAAAUAUUACAGUUUAUGUUACUGUUUCGAGCAACAGUUCAAAUAUGACAAAUGCAGUACGCUACUAAUAAUACUAAGAGGAGGAUAAGGAAACGAUCGUUCAAUCCGAAUAAUUAUCCGAAUGAAAAACCGAUGAGAUUGUCGCGAUAAUACGCGCGUCGCUAUUCGCUGUGCCGAAGAAAGCAAUCGAUGCGUUUCGCGCGCGCGGACGGCAUUGACGAGCGCACAAGUCGAUGCUUCCCGAAAUCAAUAGCCGAUAAUACAAUUGUACACGCCCGCCGAUUGUGACGCCCGAGUGAAGUACGCGCAACACAUGUGACAACGGCAGGCUUUGCCGGCAAUUAGUAAUGGCGCGUCGUGCGAGAUGCGCGAUAUUGUUGCGCGGCCGGCGCGCGCGCCCGGAAAAGCUCUCUGAAAAGCGAGAACGCCACGCGACGAAUUCUCGCCGCGCCAAUAAAUGAGCACGGGCACGGUGCGCACAAUCGAUCAAUGAAUCCCUGAAUCGAGAUCCGCGAUUUUUCGCGUCGGACAGGAGGCACGGUACAGAUGCGGCCACUAACAAACAAUCCAUAUCCCGAGGCUCCCCUCAUCUCGAGCGCGUGCGUGCACUCGAGAGCUUGUAGUAUUAAUUAUUUGUUAAAACUGUAAAGCGCGCGUUUGCGAACCUGCGUCAGCGUCAUUUGCGACGAUUGUAAGCGAUUUCUGCAGCGGAAUGAAUAUGUGCCUUUACCUAACGUGUGUCCUUUCGCGCCUUGUACAUAAUAGAGAUUAAAAAAAAAAACAAAAAAACAAACAAAAACGCAGAAAUGUGCUAAGCCAUUACGCGCCGAUAGUCAUCGGCGAUUUCGUCGUGUUAAUGUAGCAUAAACGAGCAUUGGUACGACGCGGAAUAACGGUCGACGUUUCGAAAUCAGAUUUCUGAAGUAAUAAUUAGGAAUAAAGAUGCGCGCGAUUAAGGCAAGUGUUCCUCCGAGCUUAUGGGCAAUUAGCCUCCUUCGAUCCUUUGGCGGUAUCCGGCGGGGAAUGUAAUCUUCGCAAAUUGGAUGCUGUACAAGAAUGCCAUUACUGAAAAUUUUAUUUAAUAUAAGGGAAGGAGAGAGAGCUUUUAUGAGAGGAAGUUACGGUAAAUUAGUUUGAAAACUUUUUGGUACGGCGCGGUGUAUCUUUAAUGAGGGAUGCCGACCUUUGCUGGCCAAUUUGCUAAUGAAGAACGGUUAACGGAGACAAUCUUCUGCGAAACUAAAGAUUACUUUUUAAACGAAUGACGAGAUUUACGCUGAAGAGUCGCACUUAAUUCGAUUAUAAGAGAGAAAAAUCUUUAGUAAUUUCUUCCGUUCGCGGUUUAUACGGCGCGAUUGAGCUUUCCUUCCUUAAUUGACAGCGACGUCUUUAAUCGCGUCUUUCAUUCGCAGUCGCGCAUAUCAAGCGUUUUCGAUUCACGUUUAACUCAAUUUAAGCAACGUAUCGAUGAUCAAAUCGCAAAAAUGAGGAGGAUAUUUGCGACGAUAAUCUAACUUCAGAUGACAUUCAGUCGAUCCAUUCUUAGGAUUUUCAGAUUUAAAUUUAUGUAUUAUAAUCAUAAGUAUUAUGUAUUAUAUCAUAAGAUGUAUUUUAAAAGCGAAUAAAGUAUUGAUACUUCAACACUCA